AUGCCUAUUGUCCGUAAUCCAAUUCUCCCCGGCUUCAAUGCCGAUCCCUCCAUUGUUAGAGUGAAGGAUGACUACUACAUCGCUACAUCGACCUUUGAGUGGUGGCCUGGCGUACAAAUCCAUCACUCCCGAGACCUCGCCAAUUGGGAGCUCAUUGUUCGGCCUUUGACCAGAAAGAGCCAGGCCGAUCUGCGAGGCAACCCUGACAGCUGCAGCAUCUGGGCCCCAUGCCUGUCCCACGACGGUGACAGGUUCUGGCUUGUCUACACGGACGUCAAGCGCAAAGACGGAUCUUUCAAAGACUGCCACAACUACAUAAUCCAUGCCCCUGCCAUCGAGGGCCCCUGGUCGGACCCCAUAUAUGCGAACUCAUCCGGAUUCGACCCGUCCCUCUUCCACGAUGAUGAUGGCCGCAAGUGGUUUGUGAAUAUGAUGUGGGACCACCGUCGCCGACCACUCACCUUUGCGGGCAUCGUUCUACAAGAAUUCGAUGCCGCAGCUGGAAAGCUCGUUGGGCCUCGCAAGAAUGUCUUCCAGGGGACCGACCUCGAGCUUGUAGAGGGACCACAUCUUUACAAGCGCAAUGGAUGGUACUACCUCCUGACGGCCGAAGGUGGCACUGGGUAUGACCACGCUUGUACUCUGGCUCGUUCCCGCGAUAAAUGGGGACCCUACGAACUUCACCCUCAAAAGUACGUUGUCACCUCCAAAGACACGCCACUGGCAGCUAUUCAGCGGGCUGGCCACGGUGACAUUGUGGAGACACCGGAGGGAAAGACAUACCUUGUCCACCUUAUGGGCCGCCCCAUCGGUCAGGUCAGACGUUGUGUUCUUGGGAGGGAGACUUCCAUACAGGAGGCAUACUGGGGGGAGGAUGACUGGCUCUACGUCAAAAACGGCCCCGUCCCAUCACUGUACGUCGAAGUCCCCGGUACUUUUGACGACAAGCUGUACUGGGAGCGAAAGCAUUAUACCUUCGAACAUGGCCUUCACAAGGACUUUCAAUGGCUUCGCACACCAGAGCCUGAUCGCAUCUUUUCUACUGCAGACGGGAACCUUACCCUAUUUGGGAGGGAGUCUAUUGGGUCGUGGUUUGAACAGGCACUUGUGGCAAGGCGGCAGACGCAUUUCUCCUUUGAUGCCGAGACGUCCAUCGAAUUCGAGCCCGAGGAUGAGCGCCAGUUUGCAGGCCUGACAGUAUACUACAGUCGCUAUAACUUCUUUUACCUGACGGUGACAGCGCACUCCGAUGGACAGCGGGAACUCCUAUUGAUGAACUCGGAAAUGUCUUAUCCAGUGAGUGCACUGAGCGACACAUCGGCUUACACAAUCCAGAUCCCCAACCAAGGCAAAGUAAGACUAGCCGCUACAGUGCGGGGACGUGCCUUGCAGUUUUACUACAGCCUCGGGGGUGAUCUCAAAGCGGUUGGGCCGGUGCUGGACGCUUCCAUCGUGUCGGACGAGUGCGGAGGGCACCAGGAACACGGAAGCUUUACCGGCUCAUUUAUCGGUGUCGCUUGUUCUGAUUUGAAUGGCCUAUCCAAGCCAGCCACAUUCGACUAUUUCACAUACACGCCAGUAUCUCAUGAGUCGGAUCGAUAUGAUGCGUGA